UCAGUUGGUGGCUGUGCGUGAGCUCGGUGUCUGCCGUUGAAUUCCGCCCGGCGGUGUUUGCUCGGGCCACGUGAGCGCAGCACAGCACUCGCCUCAUUGCAUCCUCUUUCUCUCUCCCUUGCCCCCCAAGCCAGCGAUCAAUCACGUAAUCACGUAAUCGAGUAAUCAAACAAUCAAACAACCAAUCACUCUCCUGUUGUCUUCCUCUUCAGCACAACCAAGUGUCGUCCUUUGCGGACUUGGGAGAGUCCUCAUUCGACGUUCGUAUCCCGCGCUGUCUGUAGUUGCCACGUGUCCAUUUUUCCCGCGAAUAAUACUACCGUAAAUGUAUUUUACUAUUUUUAUUGUCCAUUGGAUAAGACAAUUACUUAAUUACAUAUUUGUUGGCCUCCUGUGGACGUAGGAGCCAGGUGCAUAUGGAGAGUUGAUUUCUAUCGGUGGAAUUGGAGGUGGCGUCAAUAAAAAACUGAGUGCUGCUAUUUCAGACAUCUUGAAGAAGAAGCUGAAUGUACCUGCCAAUCGUUUGUACAUUAAAUUCACAGAUGUAAAGGGGUCUGAGUUUGGAUGGAACGGGAGCACAUUCUAGAUCGGGAUUGGGAUCGGGAUCGGGAUUGGGAUCGGGAUUGGGAUCGGGAUUGGGAUCGGGAUGUGACGGUUGUCAGGAAUGUCAGGUUCAUUGGAUGUGGGUUUUUCGCCGUCAUCCCAUCAUAGACUUUGGGAUGAUGGGUGGAGAAUUGCAUGGAUGAAAGGAAGAUUAUGCGCUGUAUAAGAAAUUUAGAAGCGUCUCUCUGCUUCUCUGGGAGUGUAUCUGUGAAAGUGUCUCUCUGCUUCUCUGGGAGUUUAUCUGUGAAAGUGUCUCUCUGCUUCUCUGGGAGUUUAUCUGUGAAAGUGUCUCUCUUCUUCCCUGGGACUUUAUCUGUGAAGUGUCUCUCUUCUUCUCUGGGACUUGCACGCACAGACAGAGAGAGAGAGAGAGAGAGAGAGAGAGAGAGAGAGAGAGAGAGAGAGAGAGAGAG